UACAAGGGACAAUUCUGUUUUCUACAGCAGCAAAGGACUGAAGCUGACCACAAUGAAUCUUUUCUGCUUUUCAUUGGAGGGCUCUAUGGACAGUUUAUAUGAACCGGUUCCUGAGCAACAAGCUAACCAAGAAAGCACCUCUGGUAGAACUGGUUCUUUCAUCUCACCUUUUGGGGAGAGUGGAAAAGCGCAUGACAAUCUUUUCAUGGAAGUUUCUAAUUUCAAAACUGUAAAACCAAAAAGAAAGUCAAUCUGGAGAUCUAUGUCUGAAAACAAUGGAUUUGAAAAGAAAACAGUCAAUGACAUCACCUGGCAGGAAUCCAGCAAGCCUGACAAUGAUUCCCACAUCAGAAGACUCUGUCAGCUAAAAGAUCUAAAUGAAGAUGAUUUUCUUUUGAGUAAUAACAUACAUACUCUUCAAGGAGAAAAACUACAAGGCAUUUCUUGUCAGGCCAUACAAUCAGGUGGUGACCCAGUGGAAUCGAUGGGGACAUUAAAGAGACUUCAAAACCUGGUUUGGACCAAGAAGGCCAGGGUGCUGAGUCUGGAUGAGAAACCUCCAUUAAUCAAUCUCCAUGAAGACAGAAAAGGGAUUUCCUGUAUGAAAUUAGCCAAAUCCCAAGAAAAGAAAGUUAAUAAUGUUAGCACAAGGAGAAAGGAAGAAAUGGAGAUUAGAUUGGAUUCUAUAUCUGCACCACUGUUUAGAUCCAACACUUCACCUGGGUGCAGCUUGGCAGAAAUGUUAUGGCACAAUGAAGGUCAAGUUCAGAUGUGGAACACUUGGAAGCCUUUUUCAGAAAACCCACCCUGGACAUGUGUUGAUUUCCAAAUUGCCCAAGUAAGCCCCUGGGACAACUGUUUUCACUGCACUCACCACCCACGUCUCACAUCUUCUUGUACAGAUAUGGAUCUCACACAUCCGUGGCUUAAUUUUCAUGGUCGUUUUGUGUUUGAAUGGAGUGAGAAUGAAUGGAACGACUUUGUGUUUCGGGAACCCUACUCUAUGCCGUUUUGCUUUAAGAAUCAGUGCCUCAUUAGCCAGAGGCGAUAUUUCAUGGUGCAUUAG